AUGGCAAUUCCAUUAUCUUUUAUAUCAAUAGAUCGAUCUAAAUUUUUUAAAUUAAAAAUUUCAACUUUGGUUGUGCCAAUUUUAUUAUUUUCUUUACUUUUAAAUGUAUAUGGUGAUGAAAAUGAAAGUGCAAUCCAGACUCAAUUGGCUUUACGUUUCCAUCGUGCUAAAGAAUUGACUCCUCCAAGUUUUAUGAAACGUAACUGGGAUGAUAUUUAUUAUGAUGACAAGAAUAUUAUUGAAGAACAACCAAUUUUUAAAAAUUUUUGCCUUCUAGAUCAAUAUAAAUAUCAUAUAUUAUGUAGAAUUUAUAAAGAUAAAAUAACUUUUGAAUUUUAA